AUGGGUGCAACACCAAACGCCAUGCUUGAGCGUAGAAUUCCUCAUACUAACCCGCCCCCCAGGACCAGCAGCCAAAUUAGGGCCAUCCCGCAUUUCAGCUGGGUGGCAAACAAGGAGCGUCUGCAGAGGGGACCUCAGAUGCUUCCUGCCAACAGGAGUGCACGCUGUCGAUGCGUCGGUGUAGAGAAGAGCAUGCAGAACACUGAACCAGCUGACGAGUUGCAGAUCAAGCUGGUGGGUCAAAGUGGUCGUCUGGGCAUCAGCAUUGCAGGUGGAAAAGGUUCUCUGCCUUACAAAGACCAUGAUGAGGGCAUUUUUAUUUCCCGAGUAGCAAAAGGAGGGCCAUCAGAAAAAGCUGGAAUCCAUGUUGGAGAUAGAUUGAUGGAGGUCAACGGCCUCAGCAUGCAGGGCGUGACCCACCAUGAAGCCGUCAGGGCCCUCAGAAAUGCCGGGAGCUGCAUCAGACUGAAAAUUCUCAGGGGGAGGCCGCUACCUCCAAAGGUGUGUGACCCACGCGUGGCUCAGGACCCCCCAGACCCGACGGGCCAACAGCCGUGCGGGCAGACCGCCGAAGGCCCGAGGAGCAAGCAGUGCCAGCUGGAGAGUGCCGGACAGUGUGUGUCCAAGAAAGCUGAGGCAGUGACCUGCAACGGAAACAUCUCUCUGGAUCUGGAGAGGGAUGGGAGAAGGACCGUGUCAGAACCAGAGGCUGAGGUGAUGAAAAUGGAUUCAGGUCAAGGAGUGAAACAUACAAUGACAAUMCCCCGGAUCAUCCUCACUCAUCCGUCCACCUCAGAUGAAGAUGUGGAGGUCUUGGCACAGAUCCCCAGGAGAGACCGGCUACGUGACCUGAACAAUCCAGACAAACAAUUUCACUCUGAAUACACACCUUGACCAGCUUCAUAGAUGUAGGACAGAGACCAUUAGUGCUUUCCUGCUUGUUGAUUCUUUCUUCUUCAUUUUUUUUUUAAAUUGACACUUCCUCAGAGAUGUUACUGCUGAGAGUUCUGAUAAAACCAUCUGUUGUUUGUAUCUUUAUAGUGUCACGGAGCUUUUUAUUGUCUGAGACAUGUAAUUGCUGCUGGUAGUUUUUCAAAAAUAAUAAAGCUUUUUGCAGAACAAA